AACAAAGGCCCAACAUACCUCAUAUACACCAACGCUUUCAUUUCCUGCUAAACCCAAAGCCCUAGCCAUGGCGUCGUCUUCCACUCUCCUCCGCCGCGCCCGCCAUCUUUCCACAGCCACCUCCGCCGCCGCCGCUGCAGCCACCUCCACCACCACCAAUGCCACCAGCUCAGCCACCAUGACCAUUUCCAAAGCCAAAUCAAAGCUCAGAAAAGAACACGACACCGACAAAGCCCUAGACAUCUACUCAACCGUCAAAAACAACCACUCAACUUCCUCCCCCGGAUCCACCCACCAUGCUCAACAGAUCACCGUCCGCCGCCUCGCAAAGUCUCACCGGUUUUCCGACAUAGAAACCCUCAUCGAGUCCCACAAAAAUGAUCCUCGUAUCACCGAUGAGCAUUUUCUUUCGUCCCUUAUUAAAUCGUAUGGUAUUGCCGGAAUGUUUGAGCAUGCUUUGAAGACUUAUAACCAGAUGGAAACGUUAAAAACACCCAGGUCAGCUUUGUCGUUCAACGCGUUGCUUACUGCCUCUUUAAAUUCUAAAAAGUUUGAUCUUGCACCCCAACUGUUCGACGAAAUGCUUGAAAGGUAUAAAUUUAAACCGGAUGAGUAUUCGUAUGGGAUAUUGGUUAAGUCGUUUUGCGAUGCUGGUAAACCCGAAUUGGGUGUUGAGAAACUCAAAGAAUUGGAACAAAAAGGGGUUAGGAUUUCAGGGGUUACUUAUACAUCGAUUAUACACGCGUUGUACAAGAAAGGGAAUUCGACUGAAGCUGAGAGAGUGUGGGAUGAGAUGGUGAAUAGAGGGUGUGUGGUGGAUGUUGCGGCGAGUAAUGUUAGGAUAAUGAGCGCGGUCGAUGGUGAUCCGGAGAUAAUUAAGGGGAUGAUUGAGGAGAUGAGUAAUGCGGGGCUGAAACCGGAUACGAUAAGUCAUAAUUAUUUGAUGACUUGUUAUUGUAAGAAGGGGAUGAUGGACGAAGCGAAGGAGGUGUAUGAUAAGUUGGAGGAGAAUUGUUGUAACCCGAAUGCUGCUACGUUUAGGACUUUGGUGUAUUAUUUGUGCAGGAAUGAGCGGUUUGAGACUGGGUAUAAGGUGUUUAAACAGAGUGUCGCGGUUAACAAGAUACCGGAUUUUAAUACAUUGAAGUAUUUGGUUAGUGGGCUGGCGAAGAAAUCGAAAAACAAGGAGGCUAAAGGGAUUAUCAGGACUAUGAAGAAGAAAUUUCCGCCUAAUCUUUUGGUUGCGUGGUCGAAACUUGAGAUGGAACUUGGUUUAGCUAGUAGUGAAACCGAAGCUGCAAAAUAAGUUGGCGUUCAACGAAAUGGAAGCCAAUAGUUAUCGUCCACAUUGAUACAAGAUGUUUGAUUUCGUCGGCUGAACAAGGUAAUAAGUGUUACAGAGCUUAUAUUCACUUUUUGAUCUUCUUGUUGGAUGAUUAAUUUUCUUUAGUCAUAAACAGAUACACUAGUUUGAGAUAUUUAUAGCUCAAAUAUGGAGGUUGUGAGAUUAUGUUGCUCAUUGAUUUUUAUGUUGGUUAGAAGCUCUUUUUUGGUUCAAUGCAUGAAUCUUUAGAAUUGUGUCUUGUAUUUUUGCAAGUUGUACUUUGAAUUUGGAAGUGAUCACAAGUUUACAUGCUU